GAGAGGAUUUUCAUUGUGCAUUGAGCCUCUAGGUUUGGCCUUUGCCAGAGUAUAAAAGCUUGUGUAGCGAGCUGAAGGGACCAGCACGAGCCAGCCACUCAAAUACGGCACUACAAGCUAUACUAACGCAGACUCUCCUGAGCCCCUCACCAUGUCUCAGACUGCCAAGUCCGCCUCCAGCCAGGGCACUGAUGCCAAGGACAAGGGAGCCCCUGCUCCAGCUGCUUCCAGCAAGGCCACCAAGACCGGAGACCCUGGAAUGGGAUCCUACAGAAUCAUGCUCUUCGAUCAGGAGAACUUCCAGGGCAGGAUGAUUGAGGUCCAGAAUGAGUGCAUGAACGUGUGUGACCGUGGCAUGGAUAGAGUGCGUAGUAUCAUCGUGGAGUCUGGCCCCUUUGUUGCUUUUGAGCAGAGUAACUUCCGUGGGGAGAUGUUUAUCCUGGAGAAGGGAGAGUAUCCUCGCUGGGAUACCUGGAGCAACUCCUAUCGCAGCGACUGCCUCAUGUCCCUCAGGCCCAUCCGCAUGGACAGCAUGGAGCACAAGAUCUCCCUGUAUGAGCUCUCCGACUUCAAGGGCAACAAGAUGGAGAUCCAGGAGGAUGAUGUGCCCACCCUCUGGGCGCACGGCUUCUGUGACAGAGUGGGCAGCGUGAGGGUGCCUGGAGGAGCUUGGGUGGGCUAUCAGUACCCUGGCUACAGAGGCUACCAGUACCUGUUUGAGUGUGGUGACUACAGACACUACAACGACUUCUGCGCUUUCCAGCCCCAGAUCCAGUCCAUGCGUCGCAUCAGAGACAUGCAGUUCCACCAGAGAGGAUGCUUCAACUUCACCUCUGCCAGCAAGUGAAUUUGACAUCUACAGGCAGUCUGGUGUCCCGUAACCAGCUCCCAAAUCUUUUUAUCUCUUCAAAGGCUUUUUCGACAUUUCUUUCCUAAACCUUUUACCGUCAAUGCUCCAUCCCAAAGGAAAGACAGAAUCAGAGCAUUACACUGGACAACAUUAAGUGACUUUCAUGCCUGAUUUUCUUGUGGGAACAAUAAAGUAUCUAUCCAAUGGUGCUUACAAAUAAACAUCUUAUGAAAAAUCUAAA